CUCCCCAGUGAUCUUCAGACAACUCCCCUAAUUUUCCUCGAGCACUUUUUUCCCAAGUCCCCAUCACCCCGAGUCAAUCGUGAGAGCCAAGUUCCUUUGAUUAACCCCUCGAGCUUUCGUUGGAACGAUCACGCAGAAGGAAAACUGAGCCGAGUGUCAAUUGAGGAGUACUUUGAGUGAAAAGAGCAAUGGCGGGAAGUAACAAAGACAUCCUUUAUCUCUUUGAUCGUCCAUUCGAGCCGGUUUACGUUCCAAAGGGCGAGGAGAAAGUCGCAUUCGAUAUCCCCCCGGAAUAUUUGACCGAUAGGUAUCGACCCGUCGCUGUUUCCGUUUUAAAUCGCUUCAAUGAUGACACCAAUGCGAAGAUUUCGGUGAAACAGAUAAGCAUUCCUAAUCUGGAUUUGCCAAUGCAAUUAGGUAGACGUGAUCCAUUCUCCCUGUUUAUUCCUUCUCAUCGCAGGAUGGCUAGUAGACUCAUUGACAUUUUCCUCGGUAUGCGGACAUACGAGGACUUUUUGUCGAUCAGCGUUUACUGCCGGGAUCGCAUCAAUCCAAGUAUGUUCAUCUAUGCUCUGUCCGUUGCUAUUCUCCAUCGGCCCGAUACCAAGAAUCUACCGAUUCCAUCGCUCCACGAGAUAUUCCCUGAUAAGUACAUGGACGGUGGGAUAUUCUCGAGAGCCAAGGAGGAAGCCAAUGUGGUACCCGCUGGAUCGCGCAUUCCGAUCGAGAUUCCCCUUGAUUAUACGGCAUCAGAUCUAGACGAGGAACAUCGUGUGGCAUAUUGGCGCGAGGAUGUCGGCAUCAAUCUCCAUCAUUGGCACUGGCAUCUGGUUUAUCCCUUCGACGGUGACAGAAGCAUUGUGAACAAAGACAGACGUGGCGAGCUGUUCUACUACAUGCACCAGCAAGUAAUGGCCAGAUACAAUGCUGAACGGCUGUGUAAUCGUUUGCCACGUGUGAAGCGACUGAACAAUCUUCACGAGCCUAUACCAGAGGCUUACUUUCCAAAACUCGACUCUCUAGUUGCCAGCAGAACUUGGCCAUCGCGUCCAGCUGGUGCAAAACUCUACGAUAUAAAUCGACCAGUUGACCAAGUGCAAUUCGACCUCCAGGACAUGGAGAGAUGGAGGGAUCGCAUUUACGAAGCUAUUCACACGGGAUCGGUCAUGAAUGACCAGGGCCAGAGGGUGCAACUGACCGAGAAGGGUGGUAUUGAUGUUCUCGGAAACAUGGUUGAGGCUAGCAUUCUCACCCCCAAUCCAAAUUUAUACGGGGAUCUCCAUAACUUUGGACAUAUUGCUAUUUCCUAUUGCCACGAUCCUGAUCAUCGUUACUUGGAAUCAUUUGGGAUUAUGGGUGAUUCAGCAACGGCCAUGAGGGACCCCGUCUUCUACAGAUGGCACGCAUUCAUCAACGAUAUCUUCCUCGAGCACAAAAAUACUCUCCCAGCGUACGAGCGCAAUCAGCUGGACUAUCCGGGCAUUGAGAUCAGAGGACUCCAAGUGGCAACGCCAAAUCAACCUUCCAAUAUUCUAAUGACUUUUUGGAACAAGUCUGAUGUCGAUCUCUCAAGGGGUCUCGAUUUCACACCAAGAGGUCCGGUGCUUGCCAGAUUUACUCAUCUCAAUCACGCAGGAUUCACUUACAGAAUUGAUGUCAAUAAUCGAAAUAGUAACAAUCAGAUGGGUACUGUCAGGAUUUUUCUCGGUCCGAAGCACGACGAACGGAGCAUCCCCUUGAAUAUCCGAGAUCAACAGCAGCUCAUGAUUGAACUCGAUAAGUUCACUGUAACACUACGUCCCGGUCAGAACACGAUAACGAGAAGCUCGAAGGACUCGAGCGUGACAAUUCCAUUCGAGAAAACUUUCCGUAACCUGGAUAGCAAUAGGCCAUCAGGUGGUGAGAACCUGGAGCAAUUCAACCUGUGUGGAUGUGGAUGGCCACAGCAUAUGCUGUUACCUAAAGGUACUGUCGCAGGAUUCCCUAUGCAUCUGUUUGUCAUGAUUUCGGACUUCACCGGGGAUAUGGUAGAACAAGCUGAGCCAGUGGGAUGCAGCGAUGCUGGAAGUUACUGUGGUAUACGCGACAGAAAAUAUCCGGACGCUCGUUCUAUGGGUUAUCCAUUCGACCGCCGACCACGUGCCGGAGUUGAAAGCCUCCAGCAAUUUCUAACCCCUAAUAUGGCAGUGACUGAGAUAAGCGUUAAAUUCAGUGAUUCUGUGCUGCCACGAACACGUUCUGGUAGUGUAGAUAAUACUUUGACUUUUGUUUGAACUUUUCACAGGGAAAAAUAUUCAACUUGGGCUUGUCAUUGCGGGUUUCUCUCUACAUCGAAAAUUUCAAAAUUACCAAUAAAUAUUUCUACAACCAUAAUCGUUAAAAAAUUGUCAA